AUGGAGAGACAAGCUUCAACUUUAUACAAUGCUCUUGCCGCAAGAGGGCAUGAAAUUCAUGUUUUCACGGUGCCAGGAGACCUCACCAAGGCAUCCAUGAAGGCAACCGUCCAUAUCCACUUUGCAGCAAAUGAUCAUGGCUCGGUUAAUUGCUCUCUAGCAUUUGAUAUAUUCAAUCAAGAAAACAUAGCUGGACCCAUGACUGAACUUCAAGAAGCAAUGCUCCGAUUCGUCGACGAGAUUAGAUUCUUCUCAAGCUAUACCCAACAUAUAUGCAUAAGCAACAGUGCAGGUGAGGUUCUAGUCAACAUCUACCAGCUGCCACAAAGGAAUGUCCAUGUCAUUCUCAACGGAGUUGAUGAGACAAAGUUUGUGUAUGACCCAGAAGCCGGUGCGCAAUUUCGUCGAAAACAUGAUGUGCCCUACAAUGUCAGCCUAGUAAUGGGAGUUGCAGGGAGGUUGGUCAGAGACAAAGGACACCCACUACUCUAUGAAGCCUUCUCAUCAAUAACCAAGCACCAUCCUGGUGUUUUUCUACUUGUAGCAGGUUCAGGUCCAUGGGGAAGAAGGUAUGCAGAACUAGGCCUAAAUGUGAAAAUUAUAGGCGAAUUGAAUCCAUCGGAGCUGGCUGAAUUCUACAACGCCCUCAACGUGUUUGUGAACCCGACGCUGAGACCUCAAGGACUUGAUCUUACAUUGAUGGAACCAAUGCAUUGUGGGAAGCCAGUUCUGACCCCAAAUUAUCCGAGCAUAACCGGAACAGCAGUUUUAAACUAA